GAUUAUUUCUGGAUAAGAGCGUCCUUCCAUUCCUCCCGUUCGGCGUAAGCCAUGGCCUGGCAGCAAUCAGCAUCGCCGCCGGCGGCGAAGUCAUCGCCACCACCCGCUACCACCACCGUAAUCUCUCUCGACGAAGAUCUCCUCCGCGAGAUCUUCCACCGCCUCCCCUCCCUCCCGAGCCUCGUCCGCGCCGCCCUCAGCUGCCGCACCUUCCUCGGCGCCGUCCGCUCGUCCCCCGCCUUCCGCCGCAGCUUCCGGGAGGCCCACCUGCCCCCUCUCCUCGGCCUCUUCUUCGACCCCGAAGGCCCCUCCAUCCCCGCCUUCGCGCCGCUCCGCCGCCGCUCCGACCCUGACCACGCGGCCGUCGUCCGCGGCGCCGAUUUCUUCCUCACCCGCCUCCCCGCCGACGACGACGCCUUCCCGGGGUGGGCCAUAGAAGCCUGCUGCCACGGCAACGUCCUCCUCCAGAACUGCAGCCUGGAGCAGCUCGCCGUCUACAACCCCCUCACGCGGGCCCUGGAUCUCAUCCCCCAGCCGCCCGACAAGUUCUUCGACGACGCCCGCGGCCACGCCAAGUACCUUGGAUGCUACAUCCUCUCCUCCGAGGAGGGCAGCGAGCCGCUGCGGCUGGUCUACACCUGCCACGACAAUUCGCGGGCGCGUGCCGCCGUCUUCUUGUCGGAAAGCAGGGAGUGGCAGAUCUUCCCGUGGUCGGAGGCUGUGACGCCACUGCCUGAAGACGAGCACUGGCUUAAAGUUGGCACGCUGGUGAAUGGGUUCGUCUACUGGAUACACGCAAAUGAGGCCUACAUCCUCGUGCUGAACACCGCGACGCUGCAUUUCUCCCAAAUGGAUUUGCCGCCGACCUUGGUGGCGCGAGACCUCGUAUUCAGGGUUGGCGAGAGCAAAGAUGGGAAGCCUUGCAUUGUGUGCCCAAUUGAUUUCGAGCUUUUUGUUUGGGUCCGGGGAACCGAGGAUGACGGCAUCGAGACAUGGAUAUUCGACGAGAGGUUUCCGUUGGAGACUAUUGUCGAGGUCACCAAGAGUACACUUGUGGAACAUGGUGACCUGAAGGUUGUGGCAACUACUGGUGGAUUUGUCUACUUCUCUACCAUGGAAACGCUCCUUGAUGGUCAUAAUCCUAGUUGGUUCAUGUCUCUAUGCAUGGAGACAGGGGAGCUCUCCACGCUCUUUCAGAGGAGAUUUGACGGCCAUCCCCAUCCCUACAUCAUGGCAUGGCCUCCUUGUUUGAUAGACAACCAGGUGCACCCUCAAUUCGAAGGUGCUUGAUGGAAUGCGGACAAGACAAAGUUAGAAAACCGAGAAGAGCCGAAGUGGGGGGUAGAACUGCUUGGAGAAGCGGGAAAUGAACUCAUCAGGGCAACUAAAGAUGGCGGGGCAACGUGAAGUUGAUUGGAGGUCGUCUUGCAAACCGAAUACCUGUUUUGUUGGCUGGUAGUGUUGAUUAGGUAGGCUUCGAUAGUAUCCAGGAUUUGCUGUGCUAUAUGAUUGUGUGUUCUGUGUUGUGCUGAUUUUGCCUUGUUUUAUUUAGUACUUCCUCCGUUCCUUAAUGAAAGUCUUUUUAAAGAUUCUACUAAGGACUAUAUACGAAUGUACAUGGACAUGUGUUAAAGUGGAGAUUCAUUCAUUUUGCUUUGUA